UUUAGUUUUCAGGCCUUUUAUAUGUUCGAAAGGCUAUAUCCCCACCGCUUCAACAUUAGCCAAUCAAAAGACACAACGUAUUGAACCGAGGACAUAUAUAUGAGUGCUCCCAUCUGCAGCAUUCAAAGCAUAACAGAUGAGAAGUUUAUUCAUUUUUUCAACGUAAAAUGACGCGCAUAAAUCAGUAUAAUAGAAAUAUAAAGAAUAAAUUUCGCUCGAAAAAUGCCAUUCGAGAAAUAUAUUAUUAUCAAAAGAAGACGAAAUUAUUAAUACCUAAAAAAUCAUUUGAAAGACUUAUUCAAGAAAUUAUUCAAAAUAUACAAGAUAAACAGAAACAUGAAAACAGAGAAUUGGAUUGAAAACAGAGUUUUCAAUGUAAGAAGUACAUCAAGUGUAAAAGAGCAGCGAUAAUAUAAUAAUAAGAUAUUAUAAUUUAAAAUAUUAAUGAAAAUAUCUAUUCAAAAAAUUUUCAAACAUUUUGAAUGAAUAUUUAAUAUUAC